UAAUUUUGGAGCUCAGGACAAAUCUAAAUAUCCAGUUGUAUAGGAAGCUUGUAUCCACAAGAAUCAGGACCUUCUUUCUCUGAUCAGGAAUCCUUUGUAAAAUGAAGACUUUGGAUUUACCCCUGGAGUAGACAAGCAGUCAUAAUUAUAUGAUGGGUUUGGUCCGAGAUCGAUGGGCUCAUCACAGCAUGGAGAUGAGUGAAUUCCCUAAUUACAACUUUGAGCUGGUAAAACGUGGUACUUCUACACGACGGCCGAAGAGAAGACCUACAUUAAUCACAAGUAAAUGUGGAGAAAACCAAUCUCCGUUUUUCCUUGCUCGUUCCAUUGCUGUAGCUAUGGCGAUCCGUUUCCUUGUAAUGGUAAUAAUAUGCAGUGCCAUAAUCAUAAAUUCAUUAUUCAACCAAGGAGCUCCAAUUUCUUUGAAAGAAAGUUACUGUGGGCCAUGUCCUAAAAACUGGAUAUGUUAUAGAAAUAACUGCUACCAAUUUUUUAAUGAGAGCAAAAGCUGGUACCAGAGUCAAGCUUCUUGUAUGUCUCAAAAUUCCAGUCUCCUGAAGAUAUACAGCAGAGAGGACCAGGAUUUCUUUAAAUUGGUGAAGUCAUAUCAUUGGAUAGGACUAGUACGAAUUCCAACAAAUGGAUCUUGGCAGUGGGAAGAUGGUUCCAUUCUCUUGCCCAACCAACUAACAAUGGUUGAAAUGCAGAAUGGAACGUGUGCAGUUUAUGGCUCAAGUUUUAAAGGUUAUACAGAAAACUGUUUAACGCCAAACACAUACAUCUGCAUGCAGAGGAUUGUGUGAAGAGCUUAUGAUUUAUAAAUUUAAAGGAUAUAAAGACACAAAAGCCAUUCUCUGAGUGUUCUCCAUGAAGAAAACUUCCAGCAGAAAAUUCCACCAAUAUUUAUUGAAUUAUCUUUUCCAUGUAUGACACACAUCAAAAAAUAACUUUGCAGGGAAUAAAGGCCAACAACUAAAGAAUUUAGUUUCUAUAACAAUAUUUUGUUUAAUUUUUUAAAUUUUUGAGUAAUGAACAGAUUUAUUUUUAAAUUUAUUAAACUGUUGAUGAUAUCGAAGGUUGAACUAAAUUUUAAACUAUGAUUUUAUUAAAUAUGCAUGCAAAUUAAACUAAUAAGGCUUUUAGAACUUUCUAACUCAAAACAUUUGAAAGUGAAACUUAAAGCUGAGUGAAGGGUAUUUGAGGGUUCAUUAAAUUGGCUGCAUUUGAAAUUUUUCAAAAUAAAAGUAGAAAAAUCAACAAAUACACCCUCAUAGUUUCAGAAUGCCACUACUAAUUUAAUA